CCACCACCACCCCACACUAGACGAAGCAAGCCCAUGUCUGCAUCCCCCGCUGAGCCCAAAGGCGAGAUCGUGCUUACGGCUACGAUUACCGGCAAGCCAGGAGCGGGCGACGAGAUCGAGGUGCGAUUCACGAAACUGCUCGCGCACGUGAAGCAGAACGAGCCGGGUACGCUGGAGUACUCGAUCGCGCGGAACGGCAGCACGGAUGUCUUCGUUUCGUGGGAGCGAUUCAAGGACAUGGAGGCGCUGCAGGCGCACUCGCAGAACCCGCUUCUGGCCGAGCUCAAGGCGAGCGGAUUGAUGGAGAAGGUGCGAGCGCGAGCGCAGCGGGCGUUCACGUGGUGUGGUGUCAUGACUGACGUUUUUGAAAUUCGUAGCCCCCAGCAAUCUUGUUCUAUAAAUCCAUUCAGCCGGCGUUGUAGUUCGAGUGCUAUAGGACACAUGUCGAUACUUGCCUACGCGGUGACAAUUCAGUUUGUGAUGCGUUGUGACAUCUCAUAAGUAUGGUCCAGCCAUAAUGUAGCUCUGGUACCCGGUUUAAUAAUGUGCCAGAAGUAAAUCGGCUGGCGAGGUGAGGUGAGCAGGAAGUCCCCGGCUAUUGAGUCAGUCAGGAAUCUGUAAAUCAUGCCACUGUAUCAUGUAAAUCAGGUCUUGCGGACUGAGCCUCAAGCGGAUAGCAGACGAAAUCAGACCGAACUUUGAUCAGAGCGCUAUGGAAAGUUGCAGAUUUACC